UGUGGGAUAUGAUCUAAAUCCAAAACGACUUCGAAGAAGUAUAUUUAGAAACUAGAUUGUUUAUUUUGCAGAACAAGACGAAUUCAGUGUUGAUUGACGGAUAACCUGUGUUAAUUGUACAGUCUACAGGACUGUCAGGGCAAUCAACCUUCUCGGAGUCCUUCAACAUUGUCGACAAAAGCAUUAUUGGGAGCGAAACGGAGGUUUUCACAUCGGGGUUUGACAGCUGAUUUCCCAUGGCUGUUGACUAUACACUUGAAGAAAAGGACAUGAAAUUCGUCGAAGAUUCAUCAACAGAACAAGUUGUCCUUGACAGAAGCAAACACAAACUUUCUACACUACCGCCGUGUUUUAGUAUAACGAACUUAUUACACCUUACGCCCUGUCACUUGUGUUGUUAAACAGGAAGAGAUUUGUGUUUGUUAUUGUCCUUUGGGAUUUCACAAUCGACCGAAGGAAGUGAAAGGACUAGUUCUUAUUGGUAAAUUUCGACAAAUACUUUAACACAAUUUCUGUUUGUGAUUGGAUGUGCUAAAAUUGACAACCAUGAAGUUGUUAGAAAAUUCAAGAUUUGAAGCGGUCAAUUCGGCUCUUGCAAUUGAGCUCGAGAAUUGUAGAAUUGAUGGAAGGAUUGAGAGCUACUCCUGUAAGAUGGCAGGGAAUGACAAACGUUUGUUCAAGCUCUUGUCAAGUGAGGCAAAUGAAGGAGGCAAUGCUACAGGUGGCCUCCAGGCCUUGUCACCGCCACAGAGCACUCUGUCACACAGCCCUGUCAGACAGUACAGCCACAGCUACGAGGGUGAGAGCUAUCUCUGUGAUACGAUAUCCACGAAGACCCUAUUUUACCUCAUCUCCACGCUGAAUGCUUCCUUCAACCCAGACUAUGACUUCAGUAAUGCCAAGAGUGAUGAGUUCAGUAGAGAGCCGAGUCCACAGUUUGUGGUGAAUGGUAUCGACAGUCAGCUGUUUGCCUCUGCGGGAGACACAUUUGGUGCUCUGAAACCUCACUUAUGGGCAGCUAUUGAGGAAGAAAUCAACCUGCAGGACUGUGAUGUGUACAGCUACAACCCAGACCUUGCGUCCGAUCCAUAUGGAGAAGAGGGCUGUAUAUGGUCUUUCAAUUACUUCUUCUACAACAGAAAGAUGAAGAGGAUUGUGUUUUUCACAUGUAGAGCUACCAGUGCCUCUGUGCCCUACGGAGACUCUGGUAUUGGCACCGACGUCAGCAUGGACUUGACUGAUGACACAAUGAUGACAGAGGACGAUGUUGGGAUGUAAACAAUAUGGCAUUGGCUGCAGAUAUUCUCUGUUUCUUUGAAUUCUGUUUUCUUUUCAAGAACUUUUGCUUAAAAUGCUUAAGCUUCGGAGUACUGUUAUCUGACAGUAUUGCCUGAUGCUUUGGGUACAGAAGGUUUGCCAAUGUCCUUGUUUUGUGAGUGAUAAUGAAUACUCAACAUGAACAUCUUCAAUCCAAUUUCUUAUCAGUAUCCUCAACCAUUUCACCAAUCAAAUAAUUAUUUCUUUUUCUUGUCUCACAGACAUGACUGUAUUAACCAUGUUGAACCCAGUGUAUAUGUUGUAGAGAGGUUCACAACUAAAAUGAUUUAGUCUUGACAAUGAUUGAUGAUGAUUGAUUAAUGUGCUAGAUUUCUUUUUAACUGUCAUUUACUGUUCCUGCCUUAUCUCUGAUUCUUUUGCCUUUGUUCUUUCAAUUUCAUUUACUCUUUCCAUUUUAUUAUUUGAUCAUGUUGAUAUUGGAUUGCACCUUUUUUUUUCCAUAGCAAGUUACAUAUUUGUUAUGUUGCAUUGUUAGCAAAGUUUAAUGAAUCAUUCCAUCAUGAGUGCAGUGAAAUUGGCAAGCUGUUGAUUUAGGGAAAAGUGGGUCAUGGUUGCUCAGUCAUUUAAGGUGCCGCAAUUUGUUGUGCAGAGUUACUCCCCCUGGGCGUGCCAGAAACCUAUGACGGAGGGUUUGAAUCCCAGUUCACCCUGAUUAUGUUUCUAGGUUUGUCAGCACCAUACUCGUGCUCGUGGGUUUCGCUAAAGUGGUUAAUGUCUAAGACCUGCAUCACUUCAGGCUUUCCUCACACAUUAAGUUGACACUCCUUGAUAUGACUGGAAUACUGUUCAAAGCAGCAUUAAACCCAAUUCACUCACUAACAGAACAGAAUUUUUUUAAAAAUCUUUUAAACAUGUUUAACGUUCAACCAGAAUUUUGGUAAACUUUGGGUUUAUCCUUUUCUAAUAUCUCAAUGAGAAAAUCACUUUGUUACCAUGAUGUAUGUCUUCCGUUAUAGGUUGUUAUUUUGUGCUAGUAUUACUUUAUGAAAAAGGCUACUGAAGGUGUUUUAGUGUGUUCAGUUAUAUAUAUUUUAUUCCCACUCGACAAUGAUCAAAGACAUCUGGAAGAGUUUCUACACAGGACCAUGUGUCGAUGGAAGGUUGUGGGACAGGAUGAUGCUCUGUCACUGCAGUGGCUACUGGCUACUGGCUACCAAAUAGCAAUGCAGGAAUGACCUGGUUUCUUUCCACUAUAAAAGACGGCAACUGAAAUUUCAAUUAGCAGUUUGCUUUUGAUGUGCACACUGGCGAAAUCAGAAAGGAACGAGUUCGAUAUGUGGCAACAAAGGAUAUCCUUGCUGCUUAUCAAGUAUAUUGUUUGCAAAGCAAAUGUUGUUCCGUAGAUAUGUGUGAAAAACAAUUGCCAUUUUGAUUUUGCACCAUUGAAGAAAACAUUUAUCUUGAUUAACCCACCUUUGCAAUGGUAGCUAAUCUACAAGGCAGCAUGUCUAUGGUUGACUCUUAAUGGAAGACAGUGGAAGAUGAUUGUGGUUGUCUUCACGAAGUGUAGGAAAACCAGCAAGAAGAACAUUUGUUCUAGAAACCACUCUGGAUCUUUGCUUUUGCAAAUAAGACUUGCAUGUGUGAUUUCUCUGUAGAAAGGAUAUGGAUAAAGUGAUCUCAACCACAAACGACAACGAUUGGUGACAAUGGUGAGAAAGUCAUGCUUGCAGAUGCUCAUCUUUAAUUCCAUGAUUACUUGUAAAAUCAAAUGGAAUUCAACAUAAGACAUGUGAUUUCUAUAAGGACUGAAAGGAGAGGUGGGAAUCAUUAUCUGAAAUUAAAUUGAAGUGUCGAUUUCCAAAAGCAACAGUAUUACAAUGAAAUGAGAAUCGUCACAAACCACGUACCAGACAGGAGGCUUCAAAGUAGCAUUGGAGGACAUUUGUUAAGCAAGCAUGAUUAAUAAGUCUCACUACUGGAGGCAUGUGUCUUCAUGAUGAUGAUGAUGAUGAUGAUGAUGAUGAUGGACAUGUUAUAUACAUGAUGUACAUUGCUGUUUAGCUGGUGUGUGGACCUUACGAAGGGCAUGCCUGUGUAACCAUGGUAAUUGCAGAGAUUCCGAGGAACUGUGAUGUUGAUCUUUUCACCUCUUACAUUAUAACACUCAUCAUUUCUGUAUCCUUCUCAUAUGCAUAUCAACUGUUGCCAUCGGUUUCUGUAACAUAUACCCUGAUAGUUGAAUGACAAAUUCGUUUUUGGGGUGUGUUUUUUUUUUUUUUGUAUCACCAGAAAAGUAUUUUGGUUGAAUUUUCUUGACAAGCUUUGCACGGGAUGUAUAUUUAUAUAUAUUGACUCGGGAUUGUGUAAACCUGCGGGAGGGAUUAAUUAGGUUGUACAUAACGAUGUGGCCAUGUUUCAAAUACCCCAAACCAAAACUUUCUGACAUUGUUUCUGAAUCAUGGGCUGUUGGAUUUUUAAAUUUAAAUGAGUCUUUCCCAAAAUUAGACACAGUUAAUAUUAGUAGUUCAUUUUAGUUUAGUAUUGGUAAGUAACCAUGAUAACAAUCUGUUUACCAUUUUACAGAACUUGGGCAUUCAUAUUUUCUUUGAAUUAAACACUGCUUCAUCAAAUCAUCGCCUGUAAGAUAAUGGGAAGCACAAGUGGCCGAGUUGUCUAAGACAUCGCAAUUCAAUGUGCAGAGAAUUGUCCCUUGGGCACGCUAUAUGUGGGUUUGAAUCCUGGUUCGAACAGAUUAUGUUUCCAGGUUUGUCAGCACCAUACCCGUCCACGUGGGUUUUACCAAAGUUGUAAACGUCUGAGACCUGCAUCACUGCAGACUUUCCUCCCACAUUAAGCUGACACCCUGUGAUAGAACUGGAAUACUGUUGAAAGUAGUGUUAACACACAGCUCACUCCUGUAAGAUAAUAAUAGAUGAAAAAGCAUUAACACUUGUACCUGGAAGUUAUUGUUGGUGUUUGUUUCUGGUAUUUGAUACAUGGUCCUUGACAGAAAGACGGUCUGUCCUUGCAAGGACAGGUAUGUAGAUUGUUUUAUUUAACAAUGUUCAGUCUGUAUAUACUUGUAUUAUGUGAAUUCAUAUAAAAUAUGUAUGGCUUGUCACCUUGUUAUGUUCUUAUCAAGAGUCAGUAGUAGCUGUACAAAUGCUUUUUUGUACUCUUAUCUAUCAUUUCUUGCCUUAUUAAAUUUGUUGAAAACACA